AUGAGCAGCAUAUUUGUGGCCAGUAAAAUUAUUUGUGUCGUGACCGUGGGAUAUUCAAAUGCAUCGCAUCAAACAACUUUCUGGCUCUCUUCAUUGGAACUGCAAACCGCACCUCCAGGGGAAUCUGCUUAUGUUCACAACCCUGCCAUGGCUCCUAAUACGACCCCAACAAAACGAGAAAAGAUCUGUACCAUGAGAGUGGCUGGGUACUCUAAUGAUGAAAUCUGCGCCACUUUGAUUGAUCGUCAUGACCUUUCUGACUGA